AUGACAACAACGAAAGACGCAAAAACUGAACAUAUAGAUUUUGGAAAUGCCUUAUCAGAGCGGUACCUUGCUUAUGCUCUCUCUACUAUUAUGUCUCGGUCAUUACCAGAUGUACGUGAUGGGUUAAAACCUGUCCAUCGUCGAUUACUAUAUGCUAUGUUGCAAUUGAGGUUAGAGCCUACUGCGGCUUAUAAGAAAUGCGCAAGGGUAGUUGGGGAUGUAAUUGGUAAAUAUCAUCCUCAUGGUGAUGUAGCAGUGUAUGAUACUUUAGUUCGCCUCGCUCAGAGUUUUUCUCUACGUUACCCGCUAAUUGAUGGGCAAGGAAAUUUUGGUUCAAUCGAUGGCGACAAUGCUGCGGCAAUGCGUUAUACUGAAUCGAGAAUGACGGAGAUUUGCACUCUCUUAAUGUUAGAUAUAGAUAAAGAUACAGUCGAUUUCCGUGCUACUUAUGACGAUUCUGAUACUGAACCAGUCAUUAUGCCUGCGAUGUUUCCUAAUUUAUUAGCCAAUGGUUCAGAAGGGAUAGCAGUAGGUAUGGCUACAAGUAUUCCUCCGCAUAAUUUACAUGAAUUAUGUGAGGCCUUAACCUACUUAGUAGACCAUAGGGGGGCAGAGAUCAACGAUGUUUUGCAGUUUGUUAAAGGACCGGAUUUUCCCACGGGAGGCAUAAUUAUUGAUAAUAAUCAAGUAAUUCAACAAGCAUAUUCUACUGGGCGCGGUAGCUUUAGAGUAAGGUCGCGUUGGGAAAAACAAGAGUUGAGUUAUGGUUUAUAUCAAAUUGUUAUUACUGAAAUACCUUAUCAAGUACAAAAAUCUAAAGUGAUUGAACAAAUUGCUGCGCUUUUCAAAGAUAAAAAAAUCCCUUUAAUUAGUAAUAUAAGCGACGAAUCUACUGAAGAUAUAAGGUUAAUCAUCGAGCCUAGAGACCGGAAUUGUGAUCCGAAUAUUAUUAUGGAAUCGUUAUUCAAGCUAACUUCUUUAGAAAAUAGGAUUCAGCUUAAUAUGAAUGUCAUAGAUUCGAAUAAUAUUCCUAAAGUAGCUAAUAUACUAGAAAUUUUACAAGAAUUUUUAUUACAUAGAAAAAAUAUUAUUACCCGUAGGGCUAG